UCCAUAAACACAUUUGCUACACUUAUCUUCAAACUUGUACCUUGAACAAGCACAGUGAUCAUUUGAAGACUUGAGUCAGGGUCAAAAAUAACAGCAUACGAGCGAUUACAACAACAAGCACAGAAUGGAGAACUACAAAAUGACAGCGGUAGAUAUUGAGACAGGCAUGGGGGACGUCUACCGAGCAACUGUAGAGAGCGGGAAGCCUUCUAGAAACUGGAUAUGGAACGUAGUCGGUGUUGUUUUCUUGAUCAGCCUCUGCAGUGCAGCGUCCUUCUUGUUUGCAUGGCACUUCACGAGACACAGUCAAAGAGACCCUACCACAACACAUCAAAGCACCCCAACCACAGAACAUCACCGCCAGAUACUAACAAAGAUAGGAAACAACACAAAGGCUGCCAUUCAUCUUGGUGUUUCAGGUCAACGUGACAGGACCCAGCGUAUGCAGUGGGUGAACGGUGUGGAUCAGUCCUUUUCUGCUGGGGGCCUCAAGCUGGAGAACAAUGAGAUCGUCAUUCCAUCCGAUGGCCUUUACUUCGUUUACAGCCAGGCAUCAUUCGACGUGCCAUGCCAAGAGACAGAGAGCAACACAGCGCUGAGUUACAGCAUACGGUGGUCAUCUCCUGCAGCUCCUUCCAAAGAUCACCCAAGGUAUCUGCUCAUGGGAGUCAAAUCGGUCUGCCCACCCAGCUUGGAAGAGGAAGAAGAGGAUGAGAGGCAUGCAUACGACAUCAUCUACCUUGGCGCGGUCUUUCGGCUUUAUAAGGGCGACAGGCUGUCGACGGAGGCCAACCAUCAUGCUCACAUCGAAAAUCAUAACUCCAAAACAUUUUUUGGGGUGUUUGAAUUGUGAGUGCUGCACAAGACUGGUUGCUGAGUAGGUCACUUUUAUGACAAAGACAAAAUGUUUUAUGUUAAAACAUAGAAAUUAUAUUUCCCCUGUGUGGUUAGAAUUAAAUCACAUGAGGGAUGUAGGUGUUUUUGGUAUAUAUUGUUAUAUAUGAUACAUUGUGUCAGAAUUGCUGCAUGGCUCUUUAGCCUACGGGCUGUAUUACAAUGUAAUACCUAGCCUACUAUUUAGGCUGUUUAGCUGAGAAAUAGCUGAGCACUACUCCUCUGAACUCCUAGGGCCAGUGUGUUAAGCUUGUACACGAAUACUGAGAAAUAUUGCAUAGCUCACUACCUACGCAGAACUCAAAUGUUAUGAUGAAUGCACUUUUUUAAUAUGUUAUAAAUCAGUUCAAGCUAGAAGACAUAUUUAAGGCAUAAGUGUAUUUAAUGAUUUUUAAUUUGCUUAUUUAUUUGUAUUGUAUUUAUUUAAUGUAUGUGAGUGCAACUGAAUAAUACUGUGCUCUUACAACAUAUGUAUUUUGUAAGAUGCUGUCUUGAGCAUUAUAUGCUCUUUAAUAUAAAUCCCAAGUGUUUUUUUUUUUUUUUACCAGAAUCUUCUCAUUGUUAUCAAUGUGAUGUAAACUGACAAUCUGUUCAAUCAAUAAAACUACUGGUGAA